GAAAGAUAAGCAUUUGAGAACUAAAUGUCUUUCUGAGUAGGUCAGUGUGCACAAUUGCAAGAGGACAAUGUGACAAACAUCUGAUGCCGUUUAAUAAACCAUGAAAUUACAUAUUUUUCGUUAAAACUUGUGACCCAGUUAAUUCACAGUGCACAUGAGUGUAAACAGGCUGCAGCAGCUCAAGGGUCAUAUAUUGCCUGAAAAUAAGAUCACAGCGAUGGCAGGCCCUGCGAGCCCCCUGACCACCCAUGUGCUGAACACUGCAUUGGGGGUCCCUGGUGCAAACAUGGCCCUCAGUCUCCAUCGACAAGACCCUUCGACUAGUGCAUGGCGUUUGAUAAACACUGGAAUUACUAAUGCUGAUGGACGUUGCCCGGGACUCGUAACAACACAAAUGUUUACAUCUGGGGUGUAUAGAUUGCAUUUUGACACUGCUCAGUACUGGCAGAGUAUGGGAGAGACCUGCUUCUACCCGUAUGUUGAGAUCGUCUUCACUAUAACUGACCCGAGCCAAAAGCACCAUGUCCCAUUGCUCCUGAGUCGUUUCUCUUAUAGUACAUACAGAGGGAGCUAGAAAUAAAGUGUGAUGUCUCAUCACAGAGUGAGGCAACUCCACGAAGAACAUUCAUCGCUGCACCAGCUGAACUGUCAUAUUUACAAAUCGAUUACACAAAUUGAUUAAACAGACUAUGCUUAUUUUGAUUCCAUUCAUACAAAAUCUGCACACUGCUAACUUUUUCAAUUCUUUUUUCUGGUGCUGGUUCUGGUGCUGGUUCAUGUAAAUGCAUCUGUUAGUGAGGGUUUUCAAAACUUGGCACUUACUCUCUGUUUUAGUCAGUUAAAUGAAACUGACUUAUUUUCCCUUUUUGUGAAACUAAUACCAUAUCAAUAAAGUAUAAAACAUCUUCA